GUGCGUAACUGAUAAUUAUCCCUAAAAAAAGUCAGUGCGUAACUGAACAUAUUUGUGCCGUUUGACUAGCCUCACCAGUCACCAUUGAAGACUUGCAAGUUGCAAAGUUCGUUUUUGCGAAGUAAACAGAAGGGGAAAAAAAAAAAACUGCCAUAGAAUCCCUCCAGUGCAGCAGUUUCUUGGUUAAGUAUUGUUCUCGAAACGAAAUCGGGGUUUCAGGUCUCCAUGGAGCAACUGGACGGGAACGAUGAGAUUCACAAUUGCGCGAUCAAACUGAGAGUGAAUCCUCAGAGGAGAAAGGAGAAGGUGUACGUAGGAUGUGGGGCUGGGUUUGGAGGGGACAGGCCGAUGGCAGCUCUGAAAUUGCUUCAGGGAGUAAAGGAAUUGGACUAUCUUGUACUCGAAUGUCUCGCAGAGCGUACUCUUGCGGAUCGCUAUCAGGCUAUGGUCUCUGGUGGUGAUGGCUAUGAUUCUCGCAUUUCAGAGUGGAUGCAUUUGCUCCUACCUUUGGCAGUGGCGCGAGGAACUUGUAUAAUAACAAACAUGGGUGCAAUUGAUCCUCCAGGAGCUCAGAAUAAAGUUAUAGAAAUAGCCAAUAACCUGGGCUUAAGGGUUUCCGUUGCUGUGGCUCAUGAGGUUUCUCUGACAGAGUCAGGAUCCUCAACUGAGAAAUGUUGCAUUGUGGAUGGAGGUAUUAGCACAUAUCUUGGAGCAGCUCCAAUUGUUGAAUGUCUGGAGAAGUAUCAACCAAAUGUUGUAAUUACUUCGCGGGUCGCAGAUGCUGCCUUAUUCUUAGCACCCAUGGUCUAUGAACUAGGAUGGAAUUGGGGUGACCUAAAGCUGAUUGCACAGGGGUCCUUGGCUGGUCACCUCCUGGAAUGUGGUUGUCAACUCACCGGGGGAUACUUCAUGCAUCCUGGAGACAAGCAUCGAGACAUGUCUUUGCCAUGUCUCCUAGGUAGUUCCCUUCCAUACGCUGAAAUUACUUUUGACGGAAAAGUAUGCAUGGCAAAGGCAGAGGGUAGUGGUGGGGUUUUGAAUUUUAGUACGUGCGCCGAGCAACUUCUUUACGAGGUUGGGAAUCCUGCUGCUUACAUCACACCUGAUGUGGUAAUUGACAUUCGGGAUGUUUCAUUCCACUCAUUAUCUAGCCAUAAAGUUAUCUGUACGGAAGCAAAACCGGCUUGUGGUUCCAUUCCUGAUAAGCUCUUGCAGUUGGUACCAAAGGACUGUGGUUGGAAAGGGUGGGGAGAAAUAUCUUAUGGAGGGUAUGAAUGUGUAAAACGUGCUAAAGCUGCUGAUUUUUUGGUCAGGUCUUGGAUGGAAGAAGUAUGUCCUGGUGUCAAUUCCUGUAUAAUUUCUUAUAUCAUUGGACAUGAUAGCCUGAAAGCAAUUAGCAUUGAUGAUAAUUGUUCAUUGGAGAAAGCUAAUAAAGAUAUUCGUUUACGCAUGGAUGGACUAUUCGAGCUGAAGGAACAUGCUGUCCAAUUCACCAAAGAGUUUACUGCUCUAUAUACUAAUGGACCGGCUGGUGGUGGUGGGAUCAGCACUGGACACAAGAAGGAGAUCAUUCUUGAAAAAAAAUUGGUUGAUCGUGAAAAUAUCUUCUGGAAACAUGGAGUAAAAUUCUCUAAAGCAUUGAAAUCAAACAAUAAACUAAUGGACCCUGAAGAAGGUUCAAUGGCGGUGCCCAAGCCUGUAUUGCCACUUAGUACACAAGUGAAAAUGGACAGAUCUAGCAUGGAAUUUUCGUCGCCAGAAGUUGACCUGUCUCCUGCUCCAUGUGGCCAGAAGAUUCCCCUCUAUAAUGUUGCACAUAGUCGGGCUGGGGACAAAGGAAAUGACUCAAACUUUUCCAUCAUCCCACAUUUCCCUACUGACGUGGAGAGACUGAAGCUGAUCAUUACACCACAGUGGGUGAAGGAAGUAGUCUCGACUCUCUUGAAUACCUAUUCAUUUCCAGACUCAGAAGCCAUGGAUGAGAGAAACAGGUUGGCCUACGAAAAUAUUACGGUGGAAGUUUAUGAAGUUAAAGGUAUCCAUUCUUUAAAUGUCGUGGUUCGGAACAUUCUUGAUGGUGGUGUCAAUUGCUCUCGGAGAAUAGAUCGGCAUGGGAAGACUUUGUCAGACCUCAUAUUGUCUCAGCAAGUCGUGUUGCCAUCGUGAUUGGGUGCUACUGCCAUUGUAUAUAUUCUUCUCUGCCACUUCCUUUUAUGUGAAUGUUUUGUUACAAAUUUGUGUUCCUGAUAUGUUCAUUCAAAAAACAUUAGAAUAUUGAGUAAACUGAAGUUUUUAUAUUAGUAUCACAGUGUGUAUAUAUAUAUUAAACACUUUUGGUAAACACUUUUGCUGAACUGUCUUUGAUCUAGAUAUUUC